CAGUGAUAAAGCAAGAUUGCGAGUUGAGAUGGACGUCUCAAUGUUGCAAUCACCACAAAAACGAAUAAAAACUAUUCAAAAACUGGCUGUUUCGAAAAAAGAUGUUCAUGAUUUUAAAGAUAUUUUCGAGAUGCUUGAAGAGCAAAAAGAGAAGCGAAAUAUAAAUAUUAUUCAAUACGACUCGUUGGAUGACCUGAGUGGAGAUUGGAGCGAGUACACAUUCUUUUGUGGAAACUUUGAUUCUGACCUCUUUCGAACACUAACAAAACAUCAGGAAACGCAAGCACUCUUUAUUAUUGGGGCGUCCGUGUUGAAAAAUAAGCUACUGAAAAAUGAGGAUUUGAUGACGUUGCGAGCUGCCCGACCACUCUACUGCGAGCUUAUGAAAGAUGUAACAAUGAAGUUAGCAGCAGAAGUACCAAAUAAGCGAGAACUCGUUGACUUGGUUCAUUAUAUGGGCGGUAGUGUGAGGAAAGAUACAGUAUCACGAACAAAUGUGUUCAUCGCAGCGAAAGUUGAAGCCAAAGUUCAGUCAAUUUCACUAGUCGGUGUGCCUACGAUGCGAGCAGAUUGGGUCACAGAAUGCUGGAAACAUCGUGAUGACUCGUAUUUUGAUGUGAUGGAACCAUGUUUUGUAGAUAAGCAUAGACUUGGCGUAUUUGAAGGACUCAGCCUAUUCUUCCACGGCUUCAAACAAACUGAGAUAGAUGACAUGCUCAGAAGCUUGGAGAAUACAGGUGGAAAACUUGCUCCGAGUCCCACGUUGGCUACUCAUGUUGUGUAUAAUCCUGAUAAUGACGAAGUUGAGACAUUAGCAGUGUCUUCUAAUCAAGUUCACGUCACUAAAGAGUGGUUCUGGGUAAGCCUGCACCGUGGUUGCUGUGCUAUAGAGGAUAACUUUGCUCUUCCAACUGGCAAACUUCACAGAAAACCACUGGAAAGCAGUAGUGUCAGUAGCCCGAUUGGAAAAUCUCUUCGCUCCCAAAAUUCGAGAUCUUUGUCAUCAAUGCGUGACUGUAGUGUUGAAGGACCAACUUCGUUGAACAUGACACCAGACUACAUAUACUCGAAUGAUGAUGUGGAGAACUCGUGCAAAUCGCCACGUCAACCAUCGAAACGGCUCAGAGUUUGUAUGGAGAUGGUGGAGACGGAGAAGAACUACUUGUCACUGUUGAAGCUUGUUGUCAAGUUCAAAGAAGCUCUGGAAUGUGAGAUCUCACACAACGAGUUCAUGUCAAGAUCCGAUGUCGCCAUGAUGUUUGGAAAGCUGGAUCCGAUUCUCGAACUUCACGAAAGGAUUUUCGCCAGACUGACAGUAAUGUCAAACGAAGCGAAUACACUUUUGACGGUCGUAAAUGGAAAAAAGAACGAUGAUAAGAAUCUGGACUUUGCACAAGUGUGGAUUGAUGCAAAAGAAGAAAUGAAGAAGGCAUAUCCUCAGUACAUCAACUCUUAUGACACAAUCAAACGGUUAUUCGAUAAACAGGAUCGAGAGAAUUCUAAAUUUCACACAUUUUGCAAGGCAAAAGAGAGUAAUCCAGAGUUUCAUCGGCUCAAGUUGACGGAUUUGAUGGUGAAACCAGUGCAACGUCUUCCAAGUGUCAUUCUUUUACUCAAAGAAAUGGCAAAGAAAUCCGAUUCAAAGCUGAAGAACAAUGCUGAAGAGGCCGCAAAAGCGAUUGACGAAGUUUUGAAAACCGCCAACAAAACUCGUGAAAAGAAUGACAACUUCAUUUCCCAUCUGAGCAAGUUCACUGACAUUGAAAAUGUUCCACCAAUUUUGGUGGCUGCCAAUCGAAUGUUCAUACGAGAGUUGGUCGUUUCUCCGAUUGCAAGUACGUCGCCAGGUCUACAGCAGUUUGCGAAAAUGAAAUUAUUUUUAUUUCAUGACGUGCUAAUUAUCACGAAAAUACGCAGCGAGAAGAAUACAAUGCAACGUCUAGCUCGUCACGCGUCGUUUGCCAGUUUACAUUCGAGACAGCGUCGCCCCUACAGGUACAUUGACCAGAUACAGUUGAACACGAUGCGUAGUGCAUUCCGAAUUCGUGCUCCCGACGAGAUUGCGAAGUGUCUGGAGUUGCAGCAGCAGAACGGAAGCACAAAGCCAAAUGUGUUUGUAUGGUGCCUGAUUCAUCGUGACGAGCAAGGUGGUGACAUUGACACAGUCUUCGAAUCGAAUGAUGAUGAAGAGGUUCGAGAUUUUCUCGACGAUAUUCAUGUGAAGAUCUUGAGUGAUUGUGGGAGAUUCUUCUACUCGUCGGAUCCAUCAGAUAUGAAUGAGAUCAACGAUGCGAUGGUUUCGGAUAUGACAACUCGAUACUUUAGAAAUCUUUGCGGAGCGAAACCACAAUAUGGACACGGCAGUCAGAUGAACAUUACGGUCAGUGAACGAUCUACACAAAACGAAUGGUCACACAAUGAGUCGUUUAUGCCACCACCACAGUCACAGAGUCGAAUGCGACGAGCGUUCAGUAAUGCUCAACUCACACUUGCCACCACGCUGGGCUUUGGCAGAAAUCAGAGUCGAAAUAACUUGGGACAAAUUAACGAGAACACGACAUUUCUGCAGUCUCCCAGAGUUUCGUGUGAUCCAGCAGCUCUCGCAAACAUGACGUCAGUCGGCGGAUUGCCUGGAUGCCAAAGCGAAUCUGAAUCGACGCCAAAGCGAGGAAUUCGUUCUCGCCUCACCUCGACAACGUUCCUCGGCGGCCGACACAACAUACUCGGACGAAACACGUCGAUGCGCCGUCAGGCUACCGGAUUUGCUCAUUCGGAAAAGGAACUACCUCGCUCAAAAACAUCUUCAUAUCGUGUCACCGAUAUCUGAAACUCCCCGCACCCGUGUAACUGAUAACUCGAAUCUCUCCUCCGACUGAUAAAUAAUUCGUUCUCACUCUUUUCCGAGCUUCAUACCUCCAGAUGCUCACCGGUGUAUUUUGAUGGUUUAUUUCUUGCUUGCUCUCAGCUCCCUCCCUCUUACAUUUUUCAUGUUUUCACCCGUAGUUUUUCAUUUCGUUUUUGUAAUUACAACAACCGAAACUACCGUAAUCACCAUCCACAACUACGACCAGAUCCUUUGUAUCAUACUGAUUUACCAUUUACCACAGGUGUAUUUUUCCCCCCAAAUCGUCAUUAUCAUCUUCCUGUCCCCGAGGCUUGUGUGACCAUUGCUCCUUGACUUUUAUUAUUUCCCCGAAAUCACUUGUAUGCCAUUCUUAUCCGAUACCCCUUUCCCCUUUUAUUCUCACCAUUCAUUUGAAUGGUCAUUCCCCCACAGUAACGUUACGAUUACUUUUUUCUUUUUUUUUGAAAAUUCAAAUUUUAUUCUUGUUAGAAAAUGCGAUAGGGGGUUCAAAUGAAAUUACACCCUACUUGUCUUU